GGCAGAGUUUUAGGGGAAGUCAGUUACACACUCUGCAAGGAACCUCCUGCCUCUUACACAGACACAGCUUACAGGACAGGACACACUCCAGAUCACCUAAUCACCUGCCCUAAAAAAGGAUUUUGUUAUUUUUUAUUUUACCAUCACCACCACCACCGCCACCUUUGUGUCCACCAUGACCAGGCCCAAGUCGUACAAAAUCAUCUGCAAUAUUAUGAUUGCCUGCCUGUUCCUGUGGUCGGUCAGCUCCCUCAUCAUCAUCGUGGUGUGGGCCACCUCUCCGGACAUGAAUCUUGACAGCCAGUGCAGGGCUGAUCUGCAGAACCUGACAAAGAAGCACGAGGAGGCCAGGGUGCUGUACGCCAAGAACAAGCAGGCCCUGGAGGAGAUGGUGGAGGAGGGACGCACCAACCAGACCCAGCAGCUCAUGAAGAUGGAGCGGUUCCUGAAGCGUCUGGGCAAGACCAACGUGUCCCUGGCUGACUGUCAUCAGGAAAGUGUUAUUUUGGGUGUAAACAUUACAGUCCUGGAAAAAGAGAUUGAGAUGUAUAAAGAAAUCGAGGCAAAUCUCACUUCAGAAAUCACGCUACGCCAAGAGCACAUCAAAUUCCUUCAGGAUAACUUGACACAGGCAUCUCAUAAGUGGGAGUCCUGCAAGGCUUUGCACUCAGCUGCUGAGAGUCAGCGGAUAGCAGCUGAGAGCCAGGCCAAGGCCUGCGAGUCCAGCAAGCAGUAUUUACAGAAGCAGCUGCAGAUGUGCAACGUGAGCCAUCACGACGAGCCUGUGAAUGGCAGAGUUGUCGCACCCCAGAGUAGCAUUCUUGCCCUGUCCGUUGUACUCUUCGUCAGUCUUCAUUUGAUAACAUGAACAUGAUGCUGAGCCAAUGAGGUCAUUGAAGACAAUUAAGACAAGUUCUCCAGAACGAUAAGAUGGACCUGGACUUGAUAUUAUAUGGUUAUUAGUGCUGAGCGAUUAACCAUCAUAAAAAAAAGUAAAAGGUUAUUAAACAAAUAAUUGACCAACCUCGGUUCAAUUACUUGAAUUUUUUAAAGUUUUUUUUUUGUGAGCCCAACUCGCCGUCUCUCUAGAGAGAAAUCAAAUGAAGAACUAUGCGGCACGCUGGGAUGAAGGGAGUUUCCGUUAAGCAAAUAUUCAACCUAGUUCAUUGCAGAAACAUGGUAAUUGUCUACAAUGACCAUAAUCUAUUGCGCCUGUUUUUCUGUCUCAGGCAGAGACGGAAACACUUUUACUCCUGCUAUGUUAGGUUAGAUAUAUACUGCAUAGACCGCAUGAGAGAGGAAUGUACACAACACAAAGACCAGAGAGAGGGAUAGAGGAAGUUCGUGAAACUACACCUUAUCUUCUUUGACUAACUAGUAGAAUGAUAACGUCAGACAAUCCUGCAGCUAGCCUAGCUAAAUAUAAUGACUAAAGACAGAACAGCAUGGGGAGUACAGAGAUUACGUUGUUUGGCUGCUACUGCCUGAGCAGAGAUGAAAUGAUGACUUUAAGGAAAGAAAAAUAAUAAAGUCAUCAAAUAAUAACUAAGUAAUAUACACAACUGAAAUAUUGUAUUUCAAACUAAUUUUCUAUUUUUCUAUUGAUGUCUACCCAAUGUGGACCUGACAGAGACAAUGGAAUAUUUUCAAUGUUUUGGCAAUUGAAUGUUCACUAUUUUGGGCUUUGGGAUUUCUAUUAAAAAGCUCAAAAAUAAUUAUGUCAUUAUUUCAUAAUGCAUUUAAUGUAAAAAUAUAUAUAUUGAAACCGAAACUGAACCGACCUAGAAAAGCACGGAUCGCUCAGCACUAACGGAUAUCACUGCGGUAAAAAUGUUGACUGAAACAAAUUAGGGAAACAGUCAAUGAUAGUUUCGUUACUAGUUUAAAAUUGAUAUUUUUUAUCAGUUUUUUUGUGUGCUUUUGGAUGUUUUUUUAGCAGCAUUUGCUACCAGUUCUUUCACAUUGCAUUAUUAUACAUGGCCUACUUUUAUUAUUUAAUAGUACCAUUAGCUAUGCUAUAAUUUAAUUGAAUACUUAGGUUUUUAAUGUCCAUGUUUUGGGAUAUUUCAACAAGGCACAAUUUCAGUUUGUUUAAAUUCUGUUUUUAUUUUUCUGUAAGUGUUGUUCACUAUCAUUUAUGGCAAAUCUAUGCAAACCUUAUACUUUUAUAGCCUCACAAUGCAACAUUAGUUGGAAUUUAUAUAAUAAAGUGUGUCCAAUUCUUUUUGGCACUGGCCAUUC